CACCGCAAGAGGGAGAUUUGGAUAAACGUUAGGAAAAUUUGCCUAUUGUGUUUUAAAGUCAAAACAAAGUUGUCAGCAUCAAUGUCACGUAAUUUAGUUUUCUUUGAGGGCCGCAAAAAUGGGGAUGCAAAGCGUCAAAUUGACGAAUUCAAAAAGUUUAGGAAUGCAAGAAUUCCGUAUCACUUAAAUUUGAAUGCUCAAAACUCCAACUGCAGUUUAUGCCUUUUCCCGCGUAAAUUUAUCAUCAAAUCUUUUUGUGUAGUUAAAAGCUUGUGUGUUUGCUGCUGCUCUCAUGCCAACAAGAGCUUACUAGCUUUAAAUAAUACAAGAGAAAGUCAGAUUGCGUCUGAAGAUAAAUCGAUAAAGGCGAUAAUGUUUCAAAAUAAUGGAGUCGAAAAGGAAGUGUGUUUCAAAAGCUUGUUGGAAUUUGCUCAAGAACUGGCUAAAGGUGAUCGCAAGCUUACAACAUUAGGCGAAACGGCAAGAUUCCAGUUCUUCGCAACUCUUCCUGCAGUAAAGAAUAACUUGAUCAACUAUGGGAUUCCAACUAGCAACGAUGACUUUGACACUUCUAAAUUUAAAAUCUUGGAAAUUCAACGCUUAAAUGUGCUUUUUGAGGUUGAUACGAUAAGUGCAUGUAUUAUUUGGCUUCGCGAGUUUCAGUUGUUCCUUAAUAAUGCACAGUUCUCGCUUGCAUUAGUGGUUUAUGCUUAA